AUCAUCGGGCAGUGCACUCUGCUUAUUAACAAACAUACUCCAAAAAAAAUAUGGGGCGUGUCGUUAGUGGAGCUAGUCUUUUGGCUUUGUUAUGUUUCCAUGUUUUUGUUGUGAAUGUUGCAGCGAGAGAUGUGAGUUCUGUAAGAGAUGAGGAGGAGAAGACGUUGAUUGGAGGAGGUAAGGGUGGUGGUUUUGGCGGUGGGUUUGGAGGAGGAUCUGGUGGUGGGUUUGGAGGAGGAGCUGGUGGUGGAUUUGGAGGAGGAGCAGGCGGUGGUUUUGGAGGAGGUGGUGGUGGUGGUGGUGGAGGAGGUGGAGGUGGUGGAGGAGGGUUUGGUGGUGGACAUGGUGGAGGUGUCGGUGGUGGGUUUGGUAAGGGUGGUGGAGUUGGCGGUGGUAUCGGAGGUGGACAUGGUGGAGGAGCCGGUGAUGGGUUUGGAAAGGGUGGUGGAAUAGGAGGCGGCAUUGGUAAAGGCGGGGGCAUUGGUGGUGGGAUCGGCAAAGGUGGUGGAGUUGGCGGCGGCAUCGGUAAAGGCGGGGGCAUUGGUGGUGGAAUAGGCAAAGGUGGUGGAGUUGGUGGCGGAAUUGGCAAGGGUGGAGGCAUAGGUGGCGGAGGUGGAUUUGGUAAGGGUGGAGGUGUUGGUGGGGGUAUUGGCAAAGGCGGCGGCAUUGGAGGCGGUAUUGGUAAAGGCGGAGGCAUUGGAGGCGGUAUCGGCAAAGGUGGCGGCAUUGGAGGCGGUAUUGGCAAAGGUGGCGGCAUUGGAGGCGGUAUUGGCAAAGGCGGAGGUAUCGGCGGAGGAGGUGGAUUUGGUAAGGGUGGGGGCAUUGGAGGCGGUAUUGGUAAAGGUGGAGGUAUUGGCGGUGGUAUCGGCAAAGGCGGAGGCAUUGGUGGCGGGAUUGGAGGUGGAGGAGGCUUUGGUGGAGGAGGUGGAUUUGGAAAAGGUGGUGGAAUCGGUGGUGGAAUAGGCAAAGGAGGAGGUUUCGGCGGAGGAGGUGGAUUUGGAAAGGGCGGUGGAUUUGGCGGUGGGGGGUUCGGAGGCGGAGGUGGAGGUGGAGGUGGAGGCGGAGGAGGUGGUGGAAUCGGACACCACUAAACCAAAACACAUGAGGACGUUGCAUUGAGUGCAUGUCUCACAUCACGUACAACAAGGUUACGAGUUUGAGUGUGUUACCAAAAUAUACUACUAGAGCUUUUAUGUACUUUGUCUUUAUUUGAAAUUACGAGCUAUGAGUUUUGUUAGACGCACUCUAAUAAUUUGCAUUUUAUCAUGUAAAACAUUAGGAUUGUAUUUGGUCGGAAGUCAAUGUUCUUAUAAAAUCUGUUGAUUGUGAUUA